AUGGCAAAAUUUCCAUAUAAAAUAUUUAACUCACUUGAUUUCACGUCAAUUCCUAAAAAAUCUUUAGUUCAACUUAUUAAAAGUGAUUUACAAAUGAAAGUUUGGGAACAUGUAUUAAAAUGGGAUUUAUUAAGUUCUUAUUUGGAACCUAAUAAUGUAUCAACCGAAAACAUUUUACUUCCUAGAAAUAUUAAAGUUAACGAUACAAAAAUUGUUAAUUUAAAUAUUGUUUCAAUUAUUUCAAGAUGGAUCGAUAAAGUGGAUGUUAAUCAUAUAGUUUCUCAUUUAAGAGAAUUUUAUUUACCAUAUAAACUUGAAUUGUUACUAAGAGGAAGUCGAGAUGGAUUUACACCUAAAAAAUUUCAUACUUUAUGUGAUGAUAAAUUAAAUACUGUCACCUUUAUUCAAGAUUUUUUUUCUUAG